CCAACAUCUGUUUCGGACAAGGACACCGUUAAAGCAUGCCGCAUUUUCAAGCCUAAAAAAAAAGGUUUGCAAGUCAGUUAAAUGUUGUGUAAACGGAGUGAAAGGGAGAUUGAAAAACCCACCUUGGUUUUUCUGUAUUGGGUUCUUUUUCCUUUCUGUUAUUUUUUUUUUUAUUUUCUUCUCCAGUUUUCUAUAGCUAUGGCUGCCUUUUUCCAGCUGAAGCUUCUUUAUAUCUUACUGUAUUCUCUUUAUGGUUCUGCCUUGGCUUAUAUAUCCCUUUUCUAUGAUGGCGUACUUCAUCUCACUCGCAAUGAGAUUGGCUUUCUUCUCUCCAUUGCGCCAUUUGUCCAAGUGUUUGCCUGUCCUCUGUGGACAUUUGUCGCCGAUCGAAAACCCGCUGCGCAUGGUUUUUUGAUGGCCGGUUUAGCCUGUAUUGGAGGUGGAUGCGUACUUGUUCUACCAUUGCUGCCGUGCCUCGGUUUGGAAAAUCCACUUGCCCUGACAGCCGCUUUAGCGUUUGGAUUUGCCUUUUUCGGAAGUCCGGUAUGCGCGCUGGUGGACAGCGCCGUACUCAAGAUACUAGCGGACCAACGGGCGAUAUACGGGAAUCAGCGGAUGUGGGGUUCGCUUUCCAAUGGUCUGCAUAUAUUGACUGUGGGGUUUGUGAUUUCCCAAUUUGGCAUCAACACGGCGUUUCUGGUUUUUGGCCUCGGAUUAGUCGGUUUUAUUCUGUUAUCGCUGUGCAUACGUAUUGAAGCUGCUUCCACUGAAGACACCGAAGCGGUGCGGCCUCUUUUGAGCAAUAUGGACCCUACGCGGUCUCGAUUCGGCUACAAACCUGCCAUGAUUACUCAAUCUCGUCGUUCCUCGUCCGCCGACUCGGUUGUACAACACUAUGCAUCGUUUCGUCGCGGAAGCCUGGUGAGUCACGCCAAUACGGUUUACGUGGAUGACAGAGACGAUGGUCGGUUCAGUGCCCUUUUACGUCUGUCGACGACGACCACGGCAGCCUUGGAUGCUCAACUGGAAGCCGAGGCCUAUGUAUCGCAAAUGAACACCCCUGUGCCACCCCUUGGGUUGGCCCUGUCUCAGAUUCCUACCGUUGAUACCUCCCUGGCCGUUUUGGCCACGCUCCAGUUGCCGACGACCACUGAAUCCGAGGGAUCGAUGCUGCGUUCCUGGCGUGUCUGGAGUUUUUUCAUUACCGUGUUCCUCUAUGGCAUUGCAUUUUCUAUGAUCAACCAGUUUCUCUUUUUGAUCUUGCACAAUGAUCUCGAUAUGUCUUCUUCUUUGAUUGGUUGGACCGGGCCUCUGGGUGGAUUGGCGGAAAUGUUGACGUUUUGGAUCUCCAAGCAGCUGUUUGAGAGAUUCAGUGUCGUUGCACUGAUGACAAUGGCACAUCUAACGUUUAUGAUUCGUGGUCUUGUUUACAUCACCGUGAUCCCAGGCGAAACGAUUUCUCAGUGUCUCUGUUUAGCCAUGCAGCUGUUCAACGGUUUAUCCUACGCUCUCCUGUGGUCUACGAGUGUCUUUGAAGUCGACACAUUAUUCCCCGGGGAUCAGCGAGCCAUUGCGCAAGGCAUUCUGGCCGCAUUAAACUAUGGAUUGGGGUAUGGUGUUGGAUGUUUGGCAGGCGGGUUUUUGUAUGAAAAUUACGGGUAUGUGUGGUUGGUCCAAGUAGCGGUGGCCGUUACUGCUGUCAGUCUUGUCGUCUUUAUUUUGGGUCAUCUUCGUCACUCUUGAAUUUUCUCUGUUAUCAUUUUUUUAAAAUGUUAUCAUACGCGUUCUAUCCCUUGUGCUUUGAUAUAAUAACCGGGUCGCAGAACAAUGAUCUUUCACGUUUUGUAGUUACAAAAAGUAAAUCCAACAGGAAGGGCCCUUAUAUUACAUUUUGGGGCAUCAAAUAAAAGCAACUCAGUGAUGAUCAGUGAGUGUGGAUUCGCAUUAUAUACUGUGGUUACAAGGUAACACCUUCCGCUCUAUUCUAG